UUUGUUCCAAACAUGGCAGCGCGCUUGUGAAUGUCAUGCUCCUAAGAUCCUUUAGCUAUCAGACUCUGUUUGGUUUAGAAAUAAUUGAAACUUGCUUUUAAAUCAAACGUUUCAAAGCACUUUCGGAGUUUUUGAAUUUCAGGUCUACUACACUGAGUGAGUCCAGUUUUAACGCCGUCGUUGAUCGUCACAUUUCCUCCUCCGAAGCAGCAGCAGCCAUGGAUGCCGACCAGCAGCUGAGAAACCUGAGGGAUUUUCUCCUGGUUUACAACCGCAUGACUGAAAUCUGCUUUCAACGGUGUUCGAGCAACUUCAACUACAGGAACCUAACAAUGGAUGAGGAACGCUGUGUGGAUAACUGUGCAGGGAAGCUGAUUCGCACCAACCACCGCCUCAUGAGCACCUAUGUGCAUCUGAUGCCUCGCAUGGUGCAGCGCCGCAUGGAAGAGCUGGAGAGCAAGGCUGCAGAGAACGCCCAGGCAACCGAGGGGGCGACCGUACCUGCGGGGGUCGGACCUGCAGAGGCAUCACAGUCCCAAUUCAGCCCGUCUGCCUCCACACAAGUGCCUCCCUCUGCGCCUGAAGUUGCAUCAGAGAUACAAAACUCAAUUCUGGUGCCAGCCAAAUUAGACAUUCCAAGUGAAGGGACAAACACAGCAGUCAAACUUUCCGCUGCAACUCCAGUCACUCCUAAUAUUGAAACUUCCCAUCCACAGGGAUUUCCUCAACCAACUUUAGCGGAAUCCCAAAGAGAUUUUGGAAUCAGACAAGCAUCUUUAUCAGAAAAUCUGCUAUCAGAAGCUUCUUCUGUUUCCAAAUCAGAAGCAUUGGCUGACCAGAAAUCGUCCUCACAGGUUUCACCUCUUCCUGGACAGCAGUCUUAAGCAUCAGAUGGUUUUUGAGCAUCAGUGGAGACUGGAGACACUAGCUUUUGGGUCAAAAUGAUCCUAGAUAUUCAACACAUAGAUAUGUGAACAUCCAUCUUUCAAAUCUUUUAUAAAUACAAGAGUCCAUCCUUUUCUCUGUACUUUGUUGUCAUUUUCUUUCUUCCGAAACCUAUUGUCACUGCUUAAAAAGGACAAGUCUAUCUGGUCAAAAUCAAACAUAACUAGUUGACCCAUAAUAAUAUAAUUGUCAAAUCAUUUCAUAUCAAAGUAGUUGGGACUUGGUGAUCAGACUAGUAACGUAUGGCUCCUCACCUUAAUGUCUGUGUUUUUGUUUUUUUUUCCUUUACAUUAUUGUGUUUUUAAGUCACUGUCAAAGCAAUAAAAAUAUAUGAAAUGACCCAAUUUGUUCUAUAGGAUAAACUACUCUCAACAACUGGAAUUGUUAAA